CCCCUUCUUUGUGCGUCGUGACGUCAGGAUCAUCACGUCACUUCCACGCAGGCCUCGCUUCCAGGCUCCGCGCCCGGAGCUGUCAUCGUUUCACCGGGAGAGGCGAAGGGCAUCCGGGAUACCGGCCGAGAGGGGAGCCGCUAAAACGAGUUUCUCGAGUGGACAGACUGACCAGUGGACGGUGGACGUUUCCUUCCUCCCUCUCUGUCCUGGUUCUGACCUGGAGUUUUAUUUCCUGUUGUUGUUCUGAGGUCGAGGACGUCCGGAUAGUCGGACUGACCACAGCUGAGCGUGUGUGAUACGUUAAGGACUGCUUAUGCAUCGUUUAAGGACUUGUGCGGCGCGGUUGCGCCCACUAACCGCCUCGCAGGCGGCUCAGACUGUUGGCCAGCAGCGGCCAAUCACAGUCGCCUCCCCGGGCGGCACAAGGACGUUUCAGCCAAUCAGGUGCUAUUCGGCACCUGUGGCCUCUGAGCCGUUCCUGAACGGGACGAGCUCCAACUACGUGGAGGAGAUGUACUACGCCUGGCUGGAGAACCCCAAGAGUGUUCACAAGUCGUGGGAUGUGUUUUUCCGGAACGCUAACGCCGGUGCUCCUCCUGGCGCCGCCUACCAGUCUCCCCUGGGUCUGUCGGCGGCGUCCGGCCUCGUCGCCCCUCAGCUCUCCUCUCUGGUCGGAGCUCAGCCCAACGUGGAGAAGCUGGUGGAGGACCACCUGGCCGUCCAGUCCCUCAUCAGGGCCUACCAGAUCCGAGGGCACCAUGUGGCCCAGUUGGACCCCCUCGGCAUCAUGGACGCCGAUCUGGACUCGUGUGUCCCCACUGACAUUAUCACCUCCUCCGACAAGCUGGACGUGGCUGUUUUCAAGGAGAGGCUGAGAAUCCUAACGGUAGGAGAGUCAGACUGCCACUCACACUUUAUUGUCGGCUGCAGAGGGAGCGGCUUCUACGGUCUGGACGAGACUGACCUGGACAAGGUGUUCCGUCUGCCGACCACCACCUUCAUCGGAGGCUCGGAGAGCGCUCUUCCUCUGAAGGAGAUCAUCCGCCGACUGGAGAUGGCGUACUGUCAGCACAUCGGAGUGGAGUUCAUGUUCAUCAACGACCUGGAGCAGUGUCAGUGGAUCAGACAGAAGUUCGAGACUCCGGGAGUGAUGCAGUUCACCCUGGAGGAGAAGAGGACUCUGCUGGCCCGUAUGGUCCGAUCCACCAGGUUUGAGGAGUUCCUGCAGAAGAAGUGGUCUGCAGAGAAGCGCUUCGGUCUGGAGGGAUGUGAGUCUCUGAUCCCUGCUCUGAAAACCAUCAUCGAUAAAUCCUCUGAGAACGGAGUCGAGAACGUCAUCAUGGGAAUGCCUCACAGGGGUCGUCUGAAUGUUUUGGCCAACGUGAUCCGUAAAGAACUGGAGCAGAUUUUCUGUCAGUUCGACUCCAAACUGGAAGCUGCUGAUGAGGGCUCUGGAGACGUGAAGUACCACCUGGGUAUGUACCAUCGUCGUAUCAACCGUGUGACAGACAGGAACAUCACCCUGUCUCUGGUGGCCAACCCGUCUCACCUGGAGGCCGUCGACCCUGUGGUCCAGGGGAAGACCAAGGCUGAGCAGUUCUACUGCGGAGACAACGACGGGAACAGGGUGAUGUCCAUCCUGCUUCACGGAGACGCAGCGUUUGCAGGUCAGGGUAUCGUCUACGAAACCUUCCACCUGUCUGACCUGCCGUCCUACACCACGCACGGCACCGUGCACGUCGUCGUCAACAACCAGAUCGGUUUCACCACAGAUCCUCGUAUGGCUCGAUCGUCUCCAUACCCGACUGACGUGGCUCGAGUCGUCAACGCUCCCAUCUUCCACGUCAACGCUGACGACCCUGAGGCCGUCAUCUACGUCUGCAAGGUGGCCGCCGAGUGGAGGGCCACGUUCCAUAAGGACGUGGUGGUCGACCUGGUGUGUUACCGUCGGAUGGGUCACAACGAGAUGGACGAGCCGAUGUUCACUCAGCCGUUGAUGUACAAACAGAUCAAGAAGCAGAAGCCGGUUCUGCAGAAAUACGCCGAGAAGCUGAUCGCAGAGGGAGCAGUGAGCCGACAGGAGUACGAGGAGGAAAUCGCCAAGUACGAUAAGAUCUGCGAGGAGGCGUACGCUCGCUCCAAAGAUGAGAAGAUCCUCCACAUCAAGCACUGGCUGGACUCCCCUUGGCCCGGCUUUUUCACUCUGGACGGACAGCCUAAAUCCAUGAGCUGCCCCUCUACCGGUCUGACUGAAGAAAACCUGAACCACAUCGGACAGAUUGCUUCAACCGUCCCUGUGGAGGACUUCACCAUCCACGGAGGUCUGAGUCGUAUCCUGAAGGGUCGAGCCGAGAUGAUUCGUAACCGGACGGUGGACUGGGCUCUGGGAGAGUACAUGGCCUUUGGAUCGCUGCUGAAAGAAGGGAUCCACAUCAGACUGUCGGGUCAGGACGUAGAGCGAGGUACCUUCAGCCACCGUCACCACGUCCUCCACGACCAGAACGUGGACAAGAGGAUCUGCAUUCCCAUGAACCACCUCUCUCCUGACCAGGCGCCGUACACCGUCUGCAACAGCUCGCUGUCCGAGUACGGAGUCCUCGGUUUCGAGUUGGGCUUUGCGAUGGCGAGUCCAAACGCUCUGAUCCUGUGGGAGGCUCAGUUCGGAGAUUUCCACAACACGGCUCAGUGCAUCAUCGACCAGUUCAUCUGCCCCGGUCAGGCCAAGUGGGUCAGACAGAACGGCAUCGUGCUGCUGCUGCCGCACGGCAUGGAAGGCAUGGGUCCAGAACAUUCUUCAGCUCGUCCAGAAAGAUUCCUCCAGAUGUGCAACGACGACCCAGAUGUCAUGCCUAACAUCACCGAGGACUUCGCGGUCCGUCAGCUCUACGACUGUAACUGGAUCGUGGUGAACUGCUCCUCUCCUGGAAACUACUUCCACGUCCUCAGACGACAGAUCCUCCUGCCGUUCAGGAAGCCGUUGAUCAUCUUCACUCCCAAAUCUCUGCUGCGCCACCCAGAGGCCAGAGCCAGCUUCGACGAGAUGCUGCCUGGAACUCACUUCCAGAGGUUGAUCCCAGAAGGAGGCUCGGCGGUGGAGCGUCCAGAGGAGGUGAAGAGGCUGAUCUUCUGCACAGGGAAGGUUUACUAUGAGCUGACCAAAGAGAGGAAGAACAGAGGGAUGGAGGGAAGUGUGGCCAUCGCACGUAUAGAGCAGUUGUCUCCGUUCCCGUUCGACCAGGUGAAGGCGGAGUCGGAGCGUUUCUCCAACGCCGACCUGGUCUGGUGUCAGGAGGAGCACAAGAACCAGGGUUACUACGACUACGUGAAGCCUCGCAUCAGGACCACCAUCCAGAGAGCCAAGCCUGUCUGGUACGCCGGUCGAGAGCCGGCGGCCGCUCCGGCGACAGGGAACAAAAACACUCACCUGAUGGAGCUGCGGCGUUUCCUGGACACCGCCUUCGACCUGGACGCAUUCAAGGACCAGGAGUAAAAACCUGUGACCUGCAACACCUGGAGUCAACCCUCACCUGUCUCACCUCUGACCCCUGACCUCAGACUGCAGCAUCAACGCACACACAGAACACACACACACACACACACACACACACACACACACACACACACACACACAGAGGAUGUAAUACUGCAUACUGUACUCAGUGUGAAGUAUAAGUACUGUGUGUACUGCCGCAGCAGCUUCAGGCUCAACUCCACCACCUGGCAACGUAGCAACGCAACUCCCUGAGUUGCCUCAGCGUCGGUUUAAGAUUCAGUCUGUUUCUGUUUCUGUUUCAGAGCGAGACGAUUUUUAUUUGACUUUUCUUUUCCUGAAGCUUCACUUUAAACAACGUAAACACGUUUUUAAUUUAAGAAAAGAAGCCGAAGUUCUCGGACAUGAAACGUUGUCUGAAUCCGACUCGUUAAAGAACGAUAACGAAAUAAAUCUGAUGAGUUUGACGCUGCAGAGAUUCAGGAUUAGAAGAUAAACAUGACGUGAAAGAGAAGAAAAUGUGACGAAGUUUAUCAUUGAUGUGCAGCAGUUUGUGUUUUCCAAAGGUUGUUGGAAAGUCAGAACGAAACACAAAUGUCACCUGAUUAAAUCGAGUCUUAAAUUCGCAAUUUUUUUAGCUUAGAGUCUGGUGCUGUGGGAUCAGACUGCCUGUUUUCAGUACCUGAUGGCUUUUGUUGCUCCGUGCUGCAGAAAUGUUCCAGUUAGCAACUGCUAGAACAACUCCAGAAGUUGCUCUAGAAGUUGUGGAAACAUGAGGCAACUUGUAGCGGCAACAAGGAGGAAAAUUAAGAGUUUUUCUCGAUGAGGUGACGUCACUGGUGGAGUUGAGCCUUCAGCCUGAACCUUCAUGACCUUUGACCUCUCAACACACGCACCUUCCUCCGUCCACACACACACACACACACACACACUCCUCCAGCUGCAGUUAUCAGAGCAGACAGUUCAGAAAACAGUGUUUCCUCCUGUUUCCUUUCUCUCAUCUUCAUCAUCUUCAACACUCCUUCCUCACACACACACACACACACACACACACACACACAGAAAUCAUCAUCUUCACCUGAAUCGUUGCAGGAAACAUUUUAUUUUUAGUUUUUUUCUUUUUAAAUUGUCUCGUUAGCAUAGUUAGCGCUCCCCAUUGAAAACGAAUGGGGAGUGUUGCUAGCUGGGAAAAGUUGGGAGUGUGAUAUUUGAGGAUUGGUAUCACUACAGCAGGUGGAGGUUGUUGUUUUUUGGCCUUUCAGCAGGUGUGUGUUCGCUCGUUAAGGAAAGUCUGUAAUUAGUCACCAUGGCAACGCUUAACUCGCACACAGAUUUUAUUUUUGUCUUUUAUUUUGAAGGGAUAUUUUGGGGGGAAUAAAAUGGCGGCGAUCCCCGACAUGAACUCAACCCAAUGCACUGCUGAUGAUUCUAAUUUAACCCCUCGGCUUCUCUCUCUCUUCUCUCGGUGAGCAGUUAUCCCGUGCCAAACUGGAUCGGAACGUCUCAUGUUUUUAUUGUUUUUGGCGUCGAGCAGCUGAAUGAACUGCGUCAGCAGGAAAACGUUAAAUUCAUCUCCUGGUUCGCAGCAGAAAAAAAUCCACGACAGCAGAUGAAAUCAGCUGCAGGUUGUUGUUCUGGGCUGAGACAAAGAAAAUGAUUUAUUUAUUUUCAUAGUAGGGGAUUGAAAUUCUCUUCAUUAUUUUGCUUCAUUCAAUAAAGAAUACUGUAUGUACUGAA